UUGAUAUCUAUCAAUGUCUGCCACGAAAAAACUUGGACAAAAAUGUCAACAUAGUGCACAAUGUUAUUCAAUGAUUACUGGUUCCGGUUGUUAUCGGCCACAACAACAACAACAACAAAAACGGAAACAAUCACUUAAUGUGGAUGAUGACCAAUGGCAUUGUUCAUGUGCAUUUGGAUAUAAAGUUGAUCAACAGAAACAAGAAUGUAUUAAUGAAUGGAAUAUUCAAGAACCGGAUCAUGAACAAUGUGAUCAAAUGGAUGGUGGUUACCUGUGGAUACCUAUAUUACGAAAAUGUGUGGCAACCGAUCGUCGUAUCCAUUAUUCAAUGCGUGUUGGACGUGCUGGUGGUGGACGUGGUGGUGGUGGUGGUGGCAGUGUUGGACGAUCCACUGGUUCAAGAUCUUGGUUUAGUAAUCGACGUAAUGGAAUCGUUGAUUAUCGUUCAAAUAUUUCAACCAUUUUAAUGGUAUCAAUGUUGUCGUUGUUGUUGAUAUUGAUGUAGGAUUUUUCAAAAAAAACAAAACAAAAAUUCUUAGACGAUAAACAUAACAUCUCAUUGUAAAUAAAUAACUUUUUCCUUCUCACUCGUUAGAAUAUUCUUGCAAAAAAAAAUUUGCCUCUCUCAUUCUCAAUUUUCGCCUUAACGAACAAUUCACGUUACGCCACGCACGAUUUAAAACACACACACGAAAACACACGAAUCAAUUUAAAGACAAAAUUGUUUGAUUUUUACUUUUUUU